AUGUCCACUGAAGAUGAUACCGUCCCUCCCCGACCCUGCUUCUUGCCGGUCUAUAGCGAGACAACCCCACUCCCAAUAACUGAUUCCUCCCUCAUUACCGGUGGCCCGAAUAUAUUUCUCUCGUCAGACGAGCCAUGGCCACGCUGCCCAACCUGCGCCUUUCCGCUGGUGCCACUCAUCCAGCUCAAUGCGUCGUCGGAGCAAACCCCAGCUGCUUUCAAGGCACUCAUUCCAUCCGUGAUGCCUGCCGACAGCGAUGCUAUGACGAUGCUCCAGUUGUUUGUCUGUCCCCAGGAAGACUGCUACGACGAGGCCAUUGGCUUCUCAACCGAAAAUAAGUCUUGGCUUCUACGUCUUGCCACUGUACCCAAACGCAGCACUCACCGGCCACAAGACCGCGAAAUCGUCGCCAGAAUCGAGAACGACACAGGGUUUCUCCCCAUGCGUGUGGUAGAGCGGUGGACAGAGGGGAAGCAGGAGAGCUUCGACUACAUUUGGGGCCCGGAAACGGACGAAGAAGAGCAGUUCCGUCUUGAACCUGGAUUGAAGCUCAUGGGGUAUCCGGAAAGAGGCAAGUUCUAUUGCUCGGAUGAGGGCUGUCCCAAGGGCGACUCGAAUGCCCACGCGGGGGAGCCAUGGCCAUAUUUGAAGUGUCUCAUUCAACUUGGAGACUGCCAUUAUGAGUGGGAGGACGACGAUGCGUUGGGUAUAAUGUCAGUUCGCGGGAACACAUGGAUCGAGCAAUGUGCGCUUCACCCGGAAGAGGCGGCGCAAAUUACCCGUGUUUUACAUCGAAUUUACCGAGGCACGCUUGUCAAGACUCUGGCCUCAGCCAUAGAGUCCGGCCAGCUCGGAACGCGGCGAAGACUCCCCAUUGACUUCGGUUCCGUCUGCCGAUCUCAAUUCCUGACCAGCAGCGAACAACCGUUUCAACCCUCGUAUACAAUGCGCUUCAACCUCUCUGCUCUCCUCGUCGCCUCUAUUGCUGGCGUUGCCCAGGCCUUCGACUUCAGGGAGCUGUACACCCUCCCCGCCAACACCGACAUGGUCACUUUUACCGUCCAGUUUGGCAAUGCUUGCGCCAAAUGGCAGCCAGCACAGACUGCUGGCUUGACAUUCCAGGGCUUCAACGUCCAGCCCGGCGACUACCACGGCCUCCACACUGACAGUGAGUGGUUUCCCUACUUGAUAUUCUUCUACUUGACUUAUAUUUCCCAACAGCGGAAGCCAAAAUAUACUGUGUGUGGAACGUUGGCGGAGACGUCCACCAGCCCGAAACCUUCACCGAUGACGUCGCUGCCUCGCUUGGCGCUACGCCCACCCCGGACGCUUAAUAUCAAGAACUUGCUCUGUAGUAUAACAUCGCCUACUUUGGAUCUGGACUUGGACAUAUCUCUUGAAUGUAUAUUGGAUGCAGAAGAUCAAGGCGAAUGGGCUAAGACGUGUGAUUACAUCAGCGGCCCCCUUUUCUCUCCUGACUCUGACCAGACCUCUGACUUGCCUCUGACUCUGACUCUUGCCUUCUCCACGAACCCAGCGUUCAGGAUGAUGGUGCUCUCCAACGACCCGUAUAUUUGCCACGACUGCGACAAACCCUUCGAAACCCGCGAGGGGCUGAAGCAGCACUACGUCCAGAGCCGCUUUCACCACUACUGCCAGUACUGCGAAAGCGACGACUUGGAAGACAACCACUUCCGCGACAGGAACGACCUCGUGCACCAUUGGAAGACGGUCCAUGCCUAUUGCGCCGCUUGCAACAAGGUCUUGAAGAACCAAAAGGGGCUCUAUGAGCAUGCUCGGCAGUCCACCCGCUCAGAGCAUUACUUUUUGUGUGCCCUGCGAGAGGGUUUUCACGACUGGCGGUGGCCUCAGAUCGCACCUUCACAACGCCACGGUCCACAAAAACGAGUACGCCAAUUCCGACCAAGUCACGGCGAUCCAUUGCGGCGGCGACCGCCUGCGUCUUGCGUUUGGGAGUGA